AUGGCGAGUGGAAUCGGCAAUCUCCUGGCCCAAAUCACCGGCGAGAAGCCCUCAUCAAGCCCCGCUCGUCCUGUCCCCCGCCCGUUCCCCGUCCCCAAGCGGAAACCCGACGAGGAACUGCGCAGAGAUCCCGCAAAGUCCCUGAAGACGGGGUCCGGAAACACCCCUGCGUCGCGUCCCCUGGCUCGCCCCUCCCUACCUAUGAGGCCCGACGAUAAGCCCUCAUCGUCCCUCACCCGUCCGCUGAACUCAUCCCGACCCCUCGAUAAUAAGGCUAGUUCGUCGUCCCUCUCGCGUACUCCGUCCCGACCCGAUGCGUCCUCCUCGCGAUAUAACGGCAUGGCCGGUUCGCGGCCCUCCUCAGCGCCUGCUAAGCCAGUCGGCGUGACAAAGCCCGCGUCUUCUACGACUCCAGCGAGGCCCCCGAAGAAGGGUUCUUUCGCCGAGAUUAUGGCCCGGGCUCAACGAGCCCAGGAAACGAUGGGUCAAGUCGGCAAGAUCCAGCACAAGAAGGUUGAAAAGCCCUCCUUGAAGAAGGAAAAGGACGAGCCGAAACCAGACCCCCGCUCCGCCCCCCGAAAACCCAUCUCCGGCCGAAACGCUCCCACGUCGUCCCGACCCAAUGCAGUCCCGUCCUCCUCAGCCCCCUCCUCGAGAGACCCCCGUCGUGGCUCCACCUCCACCAACACCGCAAAGAGGAAACCAUCCGUUGCCGCUGCCGCCCCCGAACCCGAACCCACCAAGAAGAUCCGUAGGCCCCCGACCACAGGCUACGCCGGCACUGCUCGUCCCCGCCCGAACGCCCCCUCCACCGAAAAGAAGAAACCCACCACCGGCGGCGUCAUCCUCAACCCCACCAUGUCCCGCUACGGCUCCGACAAACGCCGCCGCUCUUCUCGCUACGAGGAAGAAGACGACGACAUGAGCGACUUCAUCGAGUACGAUGACGACGAAGAUGAGGGCGGUAUGCCCGGGCGCCACUAUUACUCCGAUGAUGGGUCCUCGGAUAUGGAGGCGGGCAUGGACGAGAUCGACGACGAGGAAGAACGCGCUGAGUAUCUCGCUAGACAGGAUGAUUGGCGUGAGCAGCAGCUGGAGAAGAGGUUGAAGUUGGAGAAGGAGAAGAGGAAACGGGAGGCGCUUGAUUCUUUGCGUCGUCGUUGA